UCCAAAGAGAGCAGAGGGGUGAGAAGGAAGAGGGCGUAGUAGAUGGAGGUGGCUGUGGGAGGUCGGAUGGCUGCAUCGAUCCUAACGCUGCUGCUCCUCUCCUCCUGGUGUCUGAUGGUGGCGAGCGGAUUCCGACAGAGGGGAAUAGAAAGAGAAGAGGAGGAAGAAGCGCAUGGGGGAGGAAGAGGCCUCCGGGGUCGCUUCCUGCUUGCGAGAUCCAGGACGGUGGCGAGGACCGACGCCGGUGAGAUUCGCGUCGUGUCUAGAUAUCGAUCAAAGAGUGAGCCUUGCCCCAUGCACAUUGGUUUCAUCCAAAUGGAGCCCAACAGCCUUGUAGUGCCACAGUACGUUGAUGCCAAUCUCGUCGUCUUCGUACAUAGAGGGGAGGUAAAGGUUGGCUGGAUCCACGAGGAUGAGCUGGUGGAGAGGCAGCUGAGGAGGGGCGAUGUCAGCGUAAUCCCAGCUGGAUCCACCUUCUAUAUCGUCAACACUCACAGUAGCGACAGGUCCCAAAUAAUUUGCAGUAUCGACACGACGCAGAGUAUGGGACACAGCUUACACCAGUCUUUCUUCAUCGGUGGAGGAAUGAACCCGACUUCAGUGCUUGCUGGAUUUGAUACCAACACCCUCACGGCUGCCUUCAAUGUGACCGCUGAGGAAUUAGAACGGAUGAUGCAGAGCCAAAGGGGCGGCGCCAUUGUUUACAUGAGCGGGGAGUCGAGUGAACGACCUGAUCUCAACGACAACAAUGACGACAGUGCAUGGACAAAGCAAAAGCUUGUAGAUUAUCUGCUUGGAAAGGUUGACAAAAAGAAAGCGGGGAACGGUGAGCCUGUUGGAGCGCUGCAUGCUUACAACCUCUACGACAACGAGCCAAGCUAUCGGAACAGCUUUGGGUGGACUACCGCCAUUGACGAGGACGAUUUUUCCCCUCUCAGAAGCACUGGCGUCGGCGUCUAUGUCGUUAACCUAACCGCAGGAUCGAUGCUGGCUCCGCACAUGAACCCCAUGGCGACCGAGUACGGAGUGGUGCUGAGGGGCUCAGGGACGAUCCAGGUCGUCUUUCCGAACGGUUCAAAUGCCAUGAAUGCAGAGGUGUCGGAAGGCGAUGUGUUCUGGGUCCCACAAUACUUCCCUUUCUGCCAGAUCGCGUCGAGUGGAGCACCGAUGGAGUUCUUCGGCUUCACGACCUCUUCGAGGAGGAACCACCCGCAGUUCCUGAUCGGGGCGAGCUCGGUCCUCCGGAGCAUGAGGGGACGCGAGCUCGCGGCGGCGUUCCGCAUCAGCGAGGAAAGGCUGGAAAGGCUCGUGAAGGCGCAGAGGGAGUCUGUCAUACUGCCCAUCCGGCAUCACCAACAGCCCGAGGAGGACGAGGAAGAAGAAGAGGUGUUGCAGCUUAAGAGGGGUGUCUUUGCAUGAACUCCUAUCAUGUCUUGUUUUCUUAUGCUAGGGUUUUAUUUUUGGUUCUUCUGAUCUCUUAGCGUUGUGUUAAUAAAGACAUACUAUCUAAUUGGCAUUUUUAAU